CCCAUUGGUCCGUCUCUCCGAGCAGCGGAGGCAGACAUGAGGCAGUGGUGAGAGCUCGGCGGAGAGCUGCGGAGCUGAAAUGAAGCGCACACACGGAGCGGCUCACACCACCGUGCAGUUCCGUGCGGCUCAGGAAGAGGCUCCACGCCGCUAAAGCUGAAGGCUGCUCCGGCUGAGUGAAGGGCUCCGUCCAUGCGGAGGCUAGCGCUCAUUCUGCUGCCCUGUGCUGUCGCCGUCCUGGUGCACUUGUGGUUGGCACAUCGACCCUCCUCCACCCCGCCGGACAACAACACACACUCGGUCUCUGUCUCCGCUCCAGAUGAGGCGUUACCAUUCUAUGAAGUUUUGGUGGGAGUGCUGUCAGCGAGACACCAUUAUGAACUGCGACAAGCGAUAAGGGAGACCUGGCUGGGCUACCUCCGAGAUCACCCCCACUUCCAGCACAGAGUGGGGGUGAAGUUUAUUGUGGGCGAGCAUGGCUGUCCCAUUCCAGAGGAGGACAGAGAGGAUCCGUACUCGUGCACCCUCCUGAACUUCACCGAGCCAGUGGCAGGCCAGGAUGCAGAGAUAGAGAUCGUGACGGUGUCUGACCCCUCGGUGAUUGUCCCCGCUGACGUGUCAGCCAUCGCCCUGGAUUUCAAGGUCCUCCACCCGGUGGUGAUCACCAGGCUUGGGGUGUUUCCCAGCGGGAGGCAGCCUGAACUUCAGAGCAAUGUGACGGUGAAGCUUCUCCAGCUGGACCAGGAGGAGGCCGUGGUCACUGCUCGCUUCAGUGCCAUCAGCACAGGGACCUUGGUGAACGGGGUGUGGUACAAACCAGUGGAGCAGUUCAUCUUGCCUAAGGGUUUUGAAGGAACACUUGUUUGGGAGAAUCUGGACUCUGCUGGAUUGAGCACAGUCAACUCAUCAUCUGUGCAGCUCAGUGAUGGAGGAGGCGUCCUUAAGAUCUCCUCUAUUGCAGAGGGCAUAUUGCCUCAUAGAAGUGCACUUGGAUUUCCUGGUUUGGCUGGAGGCUUCACCUUUACUAUCUAUGAUGGAGACGGCCUGUCGGGACUCCUGCAGGGACGCCCAGCCAGGAUGGAGCACCAUGCCUCCAGGCUGAGAGAGGAGGAUGCCGCCUUGCAGCAGGAGAGCCUCCGGCACGGCGACAUGGUGUUUGUAGACGUGGUAGACACCUACAGGAACGUGCCUUCCAAACUGCUUCAGUUCUAUAAAUGGUCUGUUGGAAACGCUGACUUUAAUCUGCUGCUGAAGACUGAUGAUGAUUGUUACAUCGAUGUGGACUCAGUAUUAAUGAAGAUUGACCACAAGGGUCUUAAGCGCAGCAAUUUCUGGUGGGGGAAUUUCAGGCAGAGCUGGGCAGUGGAUCGUAUUGGGAAGUGGCAGGAGCUUGAGUAUGCCAGUCCAGCCUACCCGGCGUUUGCCUGCGGCUCAGGCUAUGUAGUCUCUCGGGACCUGGUCCAGUGGCUCGCCAGCAAUGCAGAUAAACUGAAAGCCUACCAGGGAGAAGAUGUUAGCAUGGGGAUAUGGAUGGCAGCAGUCGGACCACAGAAGUAUCAGGACCCCGGCUGGCUGUGUGAGAAGGAGUGCUACCUGGACAUGCUGUCGUCUCCCCAGCACACAGCCGAGGAGCUGCAUGUCCUCUGGGACAACAAGCGGGCCUGCGGGGACCCCUGCGGCUGUCCCUGGGGCCACUGAACCUGGUUCACACCACGCUCACCAGGUGGCGCUGUGGGUAAAAAUGCACUCAGCACCGGUUGUCAACUUUGUUUCAGCAGUUUCCUUAAAACUGAAUCAUCUCAGACGUUUAGCAGUUAUUAUUCUGAUUAUGAUUAUAUGAUAAAAACAUUUAGAUUUUUGAGAUGUGUUGGAAAAUAAUGUGAAAAAACUUGAGAUUCUAUUGCAGGUUCUUAUUAUAUUAACAAAAUGACUGUGCCAACAUUAUAAACCAUUUGCAGCUUUAGAAUAUGUUAAAAACUCACAUGUAGCUGUAGCAUACUGUCAGUGUUUUUACCAUGAACUCAGUUAUUACAUUUGGGGUUUGGAAAUGUCUUAAGUGGGAAACUGUUUAUAAAAGGUUGUUUUAGUCUUGUGAUAACUGACAGGGUCGGACGAGAACCAUGUGCAAUACCAGCAUGUGACGGUCACCAUGUACAGAAUCAUUGUCGUAAGGCUUGAGUACUUUGUAAUAUUAUAAUUAUUGGUACUCUGAAUACUUGACACACUCAAACCUUUUGGUUUUAAAAAGGGACAUUUGUUGAAAUUUUAAAGACAAAUGCUUUACGUUGAUAUAUUUUGUAAAUUAUUGUCUUUUCAUUCUCUUCACUAUUUGUAGAUUUAUGACGAGCUUUGUCACAAACACACACAGUUUGUACUGUAACUGUCAUUGUGCAAAUAGUGAUGUGGCCUAACUGUAUUUGUUAGGCGUCAUGCUGUUCGUACGUCCACACUUGUGAUAUUUGACACAGAUUUGAAUUGGUGUAUUUGCGACACACGUUUUUUGGAACACCGACCGAGCAGUCAGGGUGUGACUGUGAAAUAGACUCACUAGUUUAACACUGGUUUUAUGAAAACUCUCCUCACAGGAAAUAAAGAACUAUUAAGCGAGA